AUGGGACAAGAAUGGGACAAGAAUGGGACAAGAAUGGGACAAGAAUGGGACAAGAAUGGGACAAGAAUGGGACAAGAAUGGGACAAGAAUGGGACAAGAAUGGGACAAGAAUGGGACAAGAAUGGUACAAGAAUGGGACAAGAAUGGGACAAGAAUGGGACAAGAAUGGGACAACAAUGGGACAACAAUGGGACAACAAUGGGACAACAAUGGGACAAAAAUAGGACAAGAAUGGGACAAGAAUGGGACAGGAAUGGGACAGGAAUGGGACAAGAAUGGGACAAGAAUGGGACAGGAAUGGGACAGGAAUGGGACAAGAAUGGGAAAAGAUUGGGACAACAAUUCGACAACAAUGGAACAAAAAUGAAACAAAAAUGUGACCAGAAUGGGACAAAAUGGGACAAGAAUCGGACAAGAAUCGGACAAGAAUCGGACAAGAAUCGGACAAGAAUCGGACAAGAAUCGGACAAGAAUCGGACAAGAAUCGGACAAGAAUCGGACAAGAAUCGGACAAGAAUCGGACAAGAAUCGGACAAGAAUCGGACAAGAAUCGGACAAGAAUCGGACAAGAAUCGGACAAGAAUGGGACAAGAAUGGGACAAGAAUGGGACAAGAAUGGGACAAGAAUGGGACAACAAUGGGACAACAAUGGGACAACAAUGGGACAACAAUGGGACAAAAAUAGGACAAGAAUGGGACAAGAAUGGGACAGGAAUGGGACAGGAAUGGGACAAGAAUGGGAAAAGAUUGGGACAACAAUUCGACAACAAUGGAACAAAAAUGAAACAAAAAUGUGACCAGAAUGGGACAAAAUGGGACAAGAAUCGGACAAGAAUCGGACAAGAAUCGGACAAGAAUCGGACAAGAAUCGGACAAGAAUCGGACAAGAAUCGGACAAGAAUCGGACAAGAAUCGGACAAGAAUCGGACAAGAAUCGGACAAGAAUCGGACAAGAAUCGGACAAGAAUCGGACAAGAAUCGGACAAGAAUCGGACAAGAAUGGGACAAGAAUGGGACAAGAAUGGGACAAAAAUGGGACAAGAAUGGGACAAGAAUAGGACAAGAAUGGGACAAGAAUGGGACAAGAAUGGGGCAAGAAUGGGACAAGAAUGA